UGACUUACUAAACCUUCUCUAUAACGUUUUUUUAUUAUUAUGGCGACACCAUUAUGCAUUUUUAUCUAUUCUGUGCAGUUAUGUAUGAUUUUCUUCUGUAACUUAUUGAACACAUAUUAAAGGCACAGUUCACCCAAAAAUGGAAAUUCUGUGCCAAUUUACUCACCCUCAAGUUGUUACAAACCUGUUGAACACAAAACAUAUUUGGAAAAAUGUUAGCAAAUUUCAGUUCUGGGACAUCACCCACUAUUUUUUUGUUAUGUUAAACAAAAAAUGAGAUAACUUGAAGAAUUUAGGAAAGCAAACAGUUCUAGGGCACCUUUGACUACCAUUGUAAUUUUUACUAUGGUAGUCAAUGGUGCCCCAAAACUGAAAAUUGCUAACAUUCUUCAAAACAUCAUCCUAUGUGUUCAGCAGAACAAAGUAAUUUAUACAGAUUUGGAACAACUUGAUGAAUAAAAUUGUGACAGAAUUUUCAUUAUUGGGUAUUCCUUUAAAUAUUAAACACAGCAUGUAACUCAUUCAGCACUAUUUAGAGCUAAGCAAUUCAUUGUAAAUGUAAAAAGAAAAUGGCACUUUUACGAACAUGUUUAAUUAUAUACUUCUAAAUUUUAGAAAAGAAAAUUACAAACAUGGUCAUAUUUAUAAUAAUUAUUAAUAAAAUCUAUGCACGGUUUGAGUGCAACUAUGUAUUCCUUCAUGAGUAAUUGACCAUCUCAUUGAUAAAACACCAGAAAUACAGAUGCAUGAGAAUGAGACGGAUUGAUGUUACUUUCUAAAGGCACCACAUUAGCUUCUCCUCGGGUAUCAAGUCCUCAGGCCCAUGCCAAGUGUACCUCACCUGCCCAUUCAUCACAAAAGACUCGGAUUGGCUGGAUUGAGGGGAACGGAGAGGAACAGUUUCUUAAAAGCUAGCGAUCUGGACACAGGUUUCUCUCAGAUAAGGAGAGGCGCCACUCGAGUUCAGUCAGUAGGUAAGUAUUUGGGGUCAUUUAUCUGCUUUUAUAUUUUAUUCUGUUUUUAUGUUUGGUAAAAUAGCAAAACCUUAGUUAUCACAAGGAAGGACACUUUUAUUAGUUGUGUUUGAUAAGAAGUGUCUCUAUAACUAUUGGUCAUGCUUAAGUUUAUGGAUUUGUAUUCAUCUUAAAAGGUUAGAGUUUGAUGUCUUAAUAUAUUCUGACGGGGCAUUAAAAGCAAAUAUUGUACAAAUACACCACUAUUGUAAAUGAGGCUUCAGAGCCAAAUUUAGGAAUCAGAAUAUUAUAGACUGUGGGAUGCACUGUUCUGCUGUGGUCCAGUAAGCAGCAUCUUAAAACACUUUUUUUUGCACUGACCUUUUUUUCACAAAGUGUAAAAAUAGUUUAUGUCUUAUGCUUUCUUCUGUCACCCAUGUCCGUCAGCAUAUUUGGCUGCUGUUUGCGCGCAGCUACAAUGCUCAGUAUUCUCCACCUGCUCAUCCUGGUGAUGACUUUGAUGGUGGUAAAAACAGGAACUCAAGCAUCGAUACCCAAAACCACACAGUGGCCACGACUGAAGCCCACAAAAAAGCCUCCUCCCGGGGAUGGAGGGGACCCUCCGCAACCGCCCGCUCACUUCGGGACACGGCAGAUCACCACCACGGUCAGCCCCACUAUCAGUGGCUUCACAGAAGAAACCACAGACUCGUUGAUGGAUGUGUACUCUAUUUCUCCCACCGACAGUACAACCUUCGCUAAUGAUGCAUAUUCGGCUGACUAUCACACUGAGGCCAUGGUUCCUCCUGGGGUGGGUCCUGGGAACUACACGUUGGAUUACAAUGAGUGCUUUUUUAAUUUCUGUGAGUGUUGUCCACCAGAGAGAGGACCUCCAGGACCAGUGGGAGAAAAGGGGUCUCCAGGUAUUCCAGGCCAGAAGGGGGAGAUUGGACCUCCUGGGUCUCCAGGUCAAGAUGGACUCACCGGAGCUCCUGGUCCACAUGGAGAAAAAGGAGAUAACGGUGAUCCUGGUGUGAGUGGGCUGCCUGGUAUUCCUGGCAUCACAGGGAAACAAGGAGAGAAAGGUGAAAUGGGCCUCAAAGGAGACAAAGGAGUUAUAGGUUCACCUGGGAUAAAAGGAGACCCAGGUGACCAGGGAGAGCCUGGCUGGAAUGGAACUAAAGGGGAGGCGGGUGAACCUGGAUCCCCCGGACCGAGUGGCCCCCCUGGCAUCAAGGGGGACAAAGGUGACAAAGGAGACUGUCCAUUUGGGGAAAAAGGGCAGAAAGGGAGUAUGGGUGAGGAAGGGCCUCCAGGGCCAAAAGGAGACAUGGGCAUACCAGGUCUGAGCGGCAUAAACGGGCUUCCUGGGGCCAAAGGGUCAAAUGGAGAUCCAGGACCCCCUGGUAAACAGGGAGAGCCUGGUCCUCCAGGACCUCAAGGACCGGCGGGGCAAAGAGGGAUGGCAGGGAUGAAAGGCGCACGAGGCCUGAAGGGAGCACGGGGUAUUAGGGGACUUAAGGGCCUUAAUGGUGAACCGGCCAUUCAGAAGCGUUCAGCUUUCAGCGUAGGUCUUUUUCCAAGCCGAUCGUUUCCACCGCCAGGCCUGCCUAUCAAAUUUGACAAAGUCAUUUAUAAUGAGGAGGGUCACUGGGACCCCAACAUCAGUAAGUUCAACUGCACUCACGGGGGCGUGUACGUGUUUUCCUACUACAUCACUGUGCGUAAUCGACCCCUGCGCGCAGCCCUGGUUGUGAACGGCAUUCGGAAACUACGAACUCGCGACUCCCUCUAUGGCCAAGACAUCGACCAGGCCUCCAACAUGGCCGUGCUCCGUCUGUCAUCUGGUGACCAGGUAUGGCUGGAAACUCUGCGGGACUGGAACGGCGUUUAUUCCAGCAGUGAGGACGACAGCACGUUUUCUGGAUUCCUGCUCUAUGCUGAUGCAACCAAGGACUGAUCGCCAGACCUUUACUUUGUUUCUGAAGGGGCAAAGUGAAAGUCGCCUAUAUUAUCCAAAGCACUUGAGCACUGAACUUAAGACAACUAACAGCCAUUAAACAGCCACUAAUUGUAAUUACUUUAUAACCUGAAUUAUUGAUGUUGGAUAUUUUAUACAAUGAUUAGUUUUAGCUGUUUGGGUAGCUUCUCAAUACAUAGACAACAGCUUAUGCAAUAAGAAGUAAUAAAGAUUUAUAUUCUUUUUUACACAAAGGCCAUGCUGUGCUCUUUUAUUUUUUUAAUCGAAUCUGUGGGAAAGAAUACAUUGCAUAUACUGUAUAAACAUUGUCUUUUUUUAAUAAAGGCAAUGUUUGGCAA